AUGGCGGGGCAGCAGUUCCAGUACGAUGACAGUGGGAACACCUUCUUCUACUUCCUCACCUCCUUCGUGGGGCUCAUCGUAAUCCCGGCCACAUACUACCUCUGGCCCCGAGACCAGAAUGCUGAGCAAAUUCGAUUAAAGAAUAUCAGAAAAGUCUAUGGAAGAUGUAUGUGGUAUCGUUUACGGUUAUUAAAACCCCAGCCAAAUAUUAUUCCUACUGUAAAGAAGAUAGUUCUGCUUGCAGGAUGGGCAUUGUUUUUAUUCCUUGCGUACAAAGUUUCCAAAACAGACCGAGAAUAUCAAGAAUACAAUCCUUAUGAAGUAUUAAAUUUGGAUCCUGGGGCAACUGUUGCAGAAAUUAAGAAACAGUAUCGUUUGCUGUCACUUAAGUACCAUCCAGAUAAAGGAGGUGAUGAAGUUAUGUUCAUGAGGAUAGCAAAAGCUUAUGCAGCUUUAACUGAUGAAGAGUCUCGGAAAAAUUGGGAAGAAUUUGGAAAUCCAGAUGGUCCUCAAGCCACAAGCUUUGGAAUUGCCUUGCCAGCUUGGAUAGUUGACCAGAAAAAUUCAAUUUUGGUUUUACUUGUAUAUGGGUUGGCAUUUAUGGUUAUCCUUCCAGUUGUCGUGGGCUCUUGGUGGUAUCGCUCAAUACGCUAUAGUGGAGACCAGAUUCUAAUACGCACAACACAGAUUUAUACAUACUUUGUAUAUAAAACUCGAAAUAUGGAUAUGAAACGUCUCAUCAUGGUUUUGGCUGGAGCCUCUGAAUUUGAUCCUCAGUAUAAUAAAGAUGCUACAAGCAGACCAACAGAUAAUAUUCUAAUACCACAGCUAAUCAGAGAAAUUGGCAGCAUUAAUUUAAAGAAGAAUGAGCCUCCACUUACUUGCCCAUACAGCUUGAAGGCCAGAGUUCUUUUACUGUCUCAUCUUGCCAGAAUGAAGAUUCCUGAGACACUUGAAGAAGAUCAGCAAUUUAUGCUAAAAAAGUGCCCUGCCCUACUUCAAGAAAUGGUUAACGUAAUCUGCCAACUGAUAAUAAUGGCCCGGAGUCGUGAAGAAAGGGAGUUUCGUGCUCCAACUUUGGCAUCCCUAGAAAACUGCAUGAAGCUUUCCCAGAUGGCUGUUCAAGGCCUUCAGCAGUUUAAAUCUCCCCUUCUGCAGCUCCCUCAUAUUGAAGAGGACAAUCUUAGACGGGUUUCUAAUCAUAAAAAGUAUAAAAUUAAAACCAUCCAGGAUUUGGUGAGUUUGAAAGAAUCAGAUCGUCACAAUUUACUGCACUUCCUUGAAGAUGAAAAAUACGAAGAAGUUAUGGCUGUCCUUGGGAGUUUUCCAUAUGUAACUAUGGACAUAAAAUCACAGGUAUUGGAUGAUGAAGAUAGCAACAAUAUCACAGUAGGAUCCCUAGUUACAGUACUGGUUAAAUUGACAAGGCAAACAAUGGCAGAGGUAUUUGAAAAGGAACAGUCCAUAUGUGCUGCAGAGGAACAGCCAGCAGAAGAUGGGCAGGGUGAUACUAACAAGAACAGGACAAAAGGAGGAUGGCAACAGAAGAGUAAAGGACCCAAGAAAACUGCUAAAUCAAAAAAAAAGAAACCUUUAAAAAAAAAGCCUACACCUGUGCCAUUUUCACAGUCAAAACAGAAACAAAAGCAGGCAAAUGGAGUCAUUGGGAAUGAAGCUGCAGUAAAGGAAGAUGAAGAAGAUGUGUCUGACAAAGGCAGUGAUUCUGAAGAAGAAGAAACCAACAGAGAGUCUCAAAGUGAAAAAGAUGAUGGUAGUGAGAGAGACUCUGAUAGAGAGCAAGAUGAAAAACAAAACAAAGAUGAUGAAGCAGAAUGGCAAGAAUUACAGCAAAGUAUACAGCGAAAGGAGAGAGCUCUAUUGGAAACUAAAUCAAAGAUAACACAUCCUGUUUAUAGUCUUUUCUUUCCUGAGGAAAAACAAGAAUGGUGGUGGCUUUAUAUUGCAGAUAGGAAGGAACAAACAUUAAUAUCAAUGCCAUACCAUGUGUGCACACUAAAAGAUACAGAAGAGGUAGAACUGAAGUUUCCUGCACCAGGCAAGCCCGGAAAUUAUCAGUAUACAGUGUUUCUGAGAUCAGACUCCUAUAUGGGUCUGGAUCAGAUUAAACCAUUGAAGUUGGAAGUUCAUGAGGCUAAGCCUGUGCCAGAAAAUCACCCACAGUGGGAUACAGCAAUAGAGGGGGAUGAAGACCAGGAGGACAGCGAGGGCUUUGAAGAUAGCUUUGAGGAAGAAGAGGAGGAAGAGGAAGAUGAUGACUAAGCAGUACAAUGAACGGACCACAGUAUUUGCACAUAUUUGCAAAUUUUUGCUGUUUUGGAAGUGUAAAAUAAACCAGAAACAGUAUAGAACUGAUGUUGAGGAGGGUAUUAGUUUCUUUACUAGAAAUGGUGUAUAAUGUAAAUAGGCAGUGGUGGUGCCUUGGUACAACCUGAAAAAUGCUUAAGGCUUGUUAAAGCCUUUCAAGUAUGGGAUGGUGCAUUUCUUUCAUUUGCAAAUGAUAAUAAAUCCUUUGUUAUUAUUACUGUCUGGAAGUGUGUGCUACGUUUUAUCUGAUCAAUUUAUGGUCCCAGAGAAAGUAAAGGUACAUGAAAAACAGUCUCUAAAUGAGCAACUUUUCUUUGUUCAAGUUUAGUUUUACCAAACAUUAAAAUAUGAUAAAUAUCACAAAUACGUUUUAAGUAACAUCUGCUCAAGUUUUUAAUCUCUUGAUAAGCUCUGUUAUUCAUUUUAUUGACAUUUUGCAGUGAUAUGAGAAUAUUUAUAAUGGCUCCAUUCAUAGUUUUAAACUUUUUAUUUUUACCUAUCUUGUUCAUAAGUUCACACUCUGUCACAUUCCACAAAAUAGAGAGGACUACAUUUUUGGAUUUUCCUUUUCUUAAUUGCCCAGAGUUAUCACACAGAUUAUAAAAAUGGCUUUUAAUGGCUUAAACUAUUUAUAAGCCUCUAUUUUAGCAGAUCAAUGCAGGAUCUAAUUCUUUUGAUAGAAUUUAGUUUUAAAAAUGACUGUGGGACCAUAUGUUCUCUAAUGUUGGUAGCUUACAUUAUUAAGCCUUUUUUUUUUAAAGGUUCACUAUAAAAGCUGAAAUAUAUUUUUAGCUUUUAAUCUACCUAUCAGAAGCCUUUUAAGGAAAAAACAACAUGAAAAAGAGGCACUUUUUGUAUUCAUUUUGGAGUCCUGUUAAUAAAAUAGAAGUUUGACUUGUUUUACAUUUGUAACCAUGUGUCUUUUUACUCCCAGAGAAAGGAUAUAAUAGGAUAACUCAUUCUUUUAUUUUUCAACUAAAAUUUAAUAACAUAUUGUACAUUACUGCUGAUGUGACUGCUAUUGCUAUAUAUUAUAGAAAAACCCAUGAGUGGGGGUGAUUGCCCCUCACCACAGUGCAUCCCAGAAGAUAGUGCUUAUAAAGAAUAGAAAUGUGUACAUGAUGAAUCAUUGAGGUAAGGUAAAUAUUUUUAUUACUAGAUAUCGAGGAAGCAUAAAUCUGUAAUACAGGCCUGAUUGUGAUAAUCCUCUCCUAUCAAAAUUGCCAAAGGCCAAAAUACUGUUGAAUACUAAUUUGUGACCUUGUUUACUUAAAAGGUUGCCACUUUACAUGCAAAAUUACCAUUGGUAUUUUGUUACUGUUGGAAAUAAAAUUUUAAAAUUACCAAAACAUGAAUGGUUUUUUUGGUCCUAAAUUCAGGAUGUAGUAUUUCCUAUCAUGUGGUCAAAGCAGUUUUUUCAUUGGAACCUCAGUCACCUGUUUUUCUUUGUAAAGCUGUUAGUGAUACCUUUCUUUGGCAGGCAGGAGGCUGUGCUAUGAGAAUUUGUUUCUUUUGCUUCAUUUACAAGUAGAAGGUGGGUUUAAUUUUAGAGUCCAGUUUUUGCUGGGAAGCUAAACUUCAAGUGAGUGGCUGGUCAUAUACGUUUAGUGAAGAAAGUUAGCCAGUCUCUUUGCAUCCAGUGAAUUGAGAGGUAAGAGAAAACACAUCUGUGAUUUAAAGUUAAAGGAAUCAGGUUUCACUUAAAAAUAAGGCAAUGUAUAGUAAGUGUGCACAUUUCCUAGUUUUCUUGACAAUACCUUUCAAGAAAAAUGUUUCAUUUCUCAGUAGGUAUUUUGUUUUAAAGAGGCUUUACAAGUUCAUUCAAGCUACUGGUUUUUUGUUUUGAGACUCUGGAAAGGAUGAUUUCACAACUUAAUAACUCACCACAAUGCUUAAAAAAAAAAUCACCGUGACAUUAGGAAAUUUUUACUUCCACCAGUCCUGUUUUUAUUUGCCCUCUGCAUGAUGUGUGUACACUUCCCAACCAAAUAAAUUUUCCUCAAAUGAUUGCAAUAGUGAAAUGACUGAGCCUUCAGUUUAUGGUCCUCAUCUCUCCAGCAAGUUGCUGAACUCUGCAUCCCUUCUUUCUUCCUCUGGAAUGAGAUUUAAAUGACAACUCUUAUUGAGUGAAGUUUCAGUUUUGUUCCCAUCUAGAAACAGUGAAAUUUUGUCUGUGGAACAGAUGACCAUAUGGUUGAAAGCAUUCAGUAUGUGUAUACAAAGUGAAACUAGUUAUUUGUGAAAUUACUACUUAAAUUGUGUAAUAUUUUUAUCCCUUUAAAUUGGUGAAGUACCUCUUAAAAUAAUUGUCUUCCAUGAAGAGGCUUAGUUUAUCACAAUUGAAAGUAGGAGUUUUAAAUGUUAGCGUUAUAAAACUUGAUGAUUGAGGCUCUAAGCUGUUUUCCAUAUGCUUAUUCAGUCUGAGUUAAUCAGAUGUCCAUGUAUUGUCUUAGAAAAAUUUAAUUUUUGUAAUUCUUAAAAAAAAAAGCACAACACACUGAGUAAGGUUCUCUGCACCCUGCUCACCUUCUUCCAGCUUGACUGAGGGCUGAAGUGGGAGCCCUGUCGACAGCAGAGGCCAUACUGUUCCAUUGUGUGGCAGGAAGCUCUGUGGGGAGGAAGGGAGAUGGAUGCCAAUCAGCUGAUGUGGUAAUGGGAGGGAGGUGUUUGAGGAAUGUAAUGAGUUUCUUUGAGCACAUUAUGUUAUUCUUGACCACAACAUUUAUCCGAUUACUUGCUUCAGCCAAUCAAAACCUGGUACUGGAGUUUGCUCUACUAAAAAUUACUUCAAAUAUAAUUCAGCAAAUUCAGCAUCUUACCUAUUUUUUGAAGGGUUGUUCAUCAUUCAUCACAUACUUUCAGUGUGCCUGGUCUGUGUUUGGAUACAAGAUCUAUAAAAAUCAGAGUUAGUGUUCUUUAAGACUCACUGUGGUAUUAGGGCAGACAGACGUGUGGCAAUCCAUUUUAAUCCAUUUCUCUUGGCUAAUGGCCGUUGUUUGCAAUAAUUUUGUUUGUUUGUUUUUAUGCUAUAGGCGGAGGAAUUAUCUUUAUUUCUUUUAGGUGCUAACUAAUUUGUCAGCCUUUUUUUUUUAUUAGGCAAAAAAUAUUUUUGAAUGUUUCUUUAUAACAUUUCUUUCCCAAAUAGGCUGACACCAAGAAGUCUUCUAUUUAGGCUGCCUUAAAGUGAAACCACUCUUGGUGAACCGUUACGUGACAUUUUACCAGCUGGAUAGUGAUUAGUCCAAAUAUGUCUCAAGAAGUUAACAUCAAGCAUCUUCUCUUCACACAUUUAAACUGGAUGCUAGGGCUGGUUUGCAAAACUUUAAAAAAAAAAACAAAAAAACUGUGACCGUGUACAUUUUUCUGUAAACUGAGCUAAAAAUCCAAAUACAGGAAUCAUUGGCAUGCUUUAAGGCUGUGGUUUCAGGUGGAGUUGUGUAUCUUAGGGGUAUGCAGAUGAGCAAUACAUUGAGGAAAUGUUAAAAAGGUUAUUUGUAUUUAAUCUCAUCCUUUUAAAUUUCUAUUUUUGUGUGUUUUAUAAUGUACAUAAUAUAUUGUACAGUUGUGCACAUAAUUUAUAAAUAAAUAAUACAUUUAUUGGUGCAA